UCCCUCCCGUUAAUGUAUAUAGGAGCUGAAAAUCGAAAGAGGUAUCGUACCUAAUGUAUUAAACAAUAAACUUAACCAUUACGGCCUACUUUUUGGCAUAGAAGUGAAGUCCGACAUCAUGUCAAACUACCCUCCACGGAUUUUAAGCGCAAUCGCCGAUGGUCGACUAUAUAAGCUGGCCACACCGUGGAAAUGCCCAGUAGUGCCAUGGCUAGUGUCAUGGCGCGUUGGCAGGAGGGAUUCAAUCCUUCCUCUGUCCUCUACUAGGUGGUGUAAGGCUGGGCUCGCUUUUUUUCAUACUUCUUCUCCUUUAAGGAGAGCACCGUCCAAGAAGUACCCACCUUUAACACACCUCGAAAUUGAGCAGAUGAAGGUAUUACUACUAAAGGGAUUUCAAGUCUGGGAAAUCGCACUCAGUAUUGGACGAAGUGAAUUGGAUGUGCGUCGCUCUCUUCGCAACAAUGACGGACUCGCAAGUCUCCUAAGGAAAGUUAAGACAGGAAGGUGGAGUUCGGCGGAGGAACAUGUCCUUCUAGAACACCUAAAGGAGCGAAGCGUGCCAAAUAAAAAGAUGAUAGCACGACGGAUUGGUCGGAAAGUUGACAGCGUCGUGCGUCAAAUUAAAAAGCUGGCUAAUGAGCGAGACGCUCCCAUGCCGCUCUUAUCAGCUGACAUCCCUCUCGAUAAUGAGCUUAGCACAUCAGAGAGGGAGACUCUUGAAGUUCGGCUUGAUCGUAUCUUGGUGGGACUCACUAAGGCAGACAAAACGGAUAAAUGGCGUCGCGUGCUUAUGGGGACACCUAGAGCAGAAUGGGUCGAACGGAUUCUGGCGCUGAUUCCUACGCCAGUAGGCCAUAUUCUGGCGGCCUCUUCGCCCCCAACGAUCUCUAGACUGAGAUCUCUAGAAUGGGAAGACACCAACAAGAUGGGUGUUUAUACUUGGAUCCUAACGCAUAAGUUAUACAACCCAUUUUACCCGGAACACUAUGUUUAUGUCGGCUCGGCAACAAAAUAUGGCGAGGGGUUGUCCAGGCGGAAGUUCCAGCAUCAGUAUCAGCAAGGAGGGAAGCACAGUUCUCCCUACUUAAAGAGUCGGAUCCGGAAGCAGGGCCUGGACAGAAAGGGCCCCUUCAUCACCCUUCUCUCCAUGGAUGUCACGUCCUCCGAGCCUAACGAAGUUGUGAAGGCUAGACAAUUUAUUGUCCUUGCUGAAGCGAUUUUUACCAUUUGGCUCGGUGCAUUGACCGAAGGCAGGGAGGGUACCAAGGAAGAGCAUAUUCUGCUUCGUAGCCUUUGUCCCUGGAGCCCGGAGCAAAUUUCAUACGGCGGGAUGUGCUCCCAUAAUCCUCUAUCCUUUGACAUUUCAUAUCCCUCGGGAUAUGCUCAGCCUGAAGACGGUUUGUGUGAUGCAGUAAGCUCGAGAGGACUCUAGAGUCUAUACUAAUAAUGUUAUCCUCCUGACUGGCGGUAAACUGUAGUCUUGCAUAAUACGCAAGGCUCGAUUUUAUUGAUGAUAAAAAAUAAAUAAUAAAAAAGGGUGGAAAUGCAUUCAUGAUAGAAAAAAUGUGUUCCAAUAUAAGUUAAGAUCAAGGUAGCUUCCAUUUACAUACAAGCCAUUAGCCCGUGGACUUAGGUACCUACGUUACAUAGUAAGCAGAACCACGUGACUCGAGCAGUGCAUGUGGACUGAGGGGCUAUGAGGUCACAUACGAGAUAAUACCUUGUAUGUAUUUGCGAAACUUCGUUUAUUUAAC